AUGGAGGCUGUGGUCACCGUCCGCAUCCAAAGGGCUCGUCGGUUUGCUCUCCUGCACCGCCCACGGGGAGCAGAGAGACACUCGGCCGACGCGGUGGCGGCGUCAUCGCUUCCGGUCCCGUUUGUGGCGCUGCUGUUGGGUGGCGCAGGACGGGAAGUGGGCAAGACGCACCACAUCCAUUCGACUACAGCACCGGUGUGGAACGCGGCGUUCACCAUCACGGUUCCGCUGGUUGACGAUGCAGACUCGGCCGCUGAAGAGCCGGGCGCAGACGCACUCACCCUUGCUGUCUACGAUCAUCAUCGGCUUUGGAAGAACAAGCUACUCGGCCAGGCCCACAUUGCGCUGCUUCCGCUGCUCCAGGCACAAGCACCAAGCACAGCGCCCGAUAUGCCGUUACCUCCACUCCCACCUCCCGAUGCGUCCGAUGCCAGCGAGUCCGAGGCUGAUGGUCCUGCCACUGCGCCGAUACCGCCGUUGCCGGUCGACACCUCGCACCUCCGCAAGCUGUUGUCCAAGAAAGUCAAGCUCAAGGCCCAGAUACGCAAGCUCAAAGCCACAGCUGCCUCUGCAGACGCCAUCGCCCCGCUCUAUCAAAAGUACCGCAUCAUGAAAGAGCGUAUCUCGGACGAGGUCGCCCGCAUCAAGCUCGAGCAGGCCGCCGGCCACGGAGGCGCUCAUGCUGCGGACGAGCCGACAGCACCUGUGCCGCCGCCGCCGCCGGGCCGACCCAGGGCUGGUGCCAGUUUGCAGUCGGCAGCUAGCAACAGUCUUGCCGCCUGGCAGGCUCUGCCCGCCGGCGUGAGUUGUGGGCGGUGGAUGCCUGUGGCCGACACCCGUCCCGGCUACGAGAACUCUGCGCUGUGCGAGCUGUACUAUGAGCUCGAGUUUGUGGGUGUCCGCAAGACUGGCUUCUCUGUUGGCAGCUCGGCCACCGAUCCUGUGGCAACGGCGUCGUGCGAGCUACCCCCACUGGAUGCGGGCGAUAGCGGCGGAACGUCAGUGGCGAUCACUGUCAUCGAGGCGACCGGCUUGCCGUCGUCAGACCGGUUCCAUGGCGCCGAUCCAUACGCCAAGAUAAUUUGGUCGUCGGGCGAGGUAGCGCAGGGUUUCACCGACAAGCACACGCUCGCGCCACGAUGGGACCUACGGUUCGUGCCGCUCGAACCGGAGCAGUCGUUUGCGAUCGUUGAGGUCUGGGACCGCGACCUGCUCUCGUCAGACGACUUUAUCGGGCUGGUGGACAUUAAUCUUGAGGCCAUCCCGCUCGCGCAUGCGUUCCUCGACGAGUGGCACGAGCUCAAGUCGCGGACCGGCGUUGCCGCUGGAAGACUCCAUGUUCGGAUCGAGCGCACACGGCGUGGGGCGCAUCUGGCGGCCCAAAUGGGGCCGUCGAUGUCGUUUGACUUUUCCGCUAGCAGAGCCUCUGAUCCUGACCGGGUUACCGCCUCGGACACGUUCGCGCUCCUGUCAGAAGCAUCCGUCUCGUCGCUGGUCUCGUCAACCGACGGCGAGCUGUCGCGAAUGCCGAGUUUUGCGCUCUCGCCGCUCGACGCCUCGCUGAGCCAGCAGGUCAACCACGUGUUUCUUCACCCGAUGUCAGAGCUGUGGCUUGAGACUAAUCUAAGCCUCUACACCUCUAUGCUGACGGUCAACGACGAGCACGGCGGAACGUUGUUUGCUGCUGCUCAUGAUGUUGGAAUCAACCCGUCUCACGCCCAAAUCCGGACCGGGAUCACCGAACUGGUCAUGGCGCUUGCGCGCGCGUUCCUCCCACCGCCGCGGAUUGCCGCGCUCGAUGCCACCUUUGCCGAGUACAUGGCGGCGGUGCCGAUGGGCGAGGAGCAGCGCGGCUUUCGGGCCUUUCUUCACUCGGGCACGUUAGCCGAGACUGAACCGCUCUCGUUAACGUUCAAAUGUUUGGCGGAAGAUCUGCUGUUUCCAGCCUAUGCUGCGCUCCGACGCGGGAUCUUUGAAGAGUUUCCGUUUGCAUCCGAGCCGUACUCGGGCGCGCGACCUGCCGUGGUCAUCACGCUCUCCGAGUCGCGGGUCGAUGUUGUCCACACCCGACAGGCAGUCUCGCUCUCACAGGACCCGGCCGAGGCGUUCUCAUUUGUCUGGCAGGUAGAGCUGGCAUUCGACGUGGAGGCCGGGCGGACGCACACGCCGCUGCGAGUUGAUCUGCGAGUGCUCUCGCAUCAGACCGCCCCAGGCAUGCCCAAGUAUCGAGGUGCGGCUCUGGUCGACACGCUCUCGGAGUUUGUGUGCGAGAAGGACAAGUACGAGUGGAUCUGGCGGCGACCUUUUGCUGACUCGCUUGUUGGCCACGACAUUCCGCGGCUGGCCAAAGCGGUGACAGUCCUUGCGCGGGAUGGAACAGUGCUCUACGCUGAUGGUAAGCUGACUGGAAGCCCCGCGGCCGGCGUGCGUGAUGCAGUUUCGAGCAUGGCCGACGACGGGGCAGCCGUGGUUGAGCUGAUGGUUGCUGUGGCGCACGCCAUAGACGAUGCCAACACGGCGCGCGCGGUCUGCCUCCACGCGCCGGCAUUUCUCACGUCUGACGGUUCACUCGGCGACGCAACACGGGCUUACCUCAUUUCCCGAUACUUUAACGAGGAUUCGGCCGUGGCGCGGGUGCUCAAGACGCUAUCCCAGGACAUCAUCAUGCCGAGCGUCAAGACGCUACGGUCGUCGUUCUACGAGCGGUUCCCCUACAAGGACGUCCGUGGCAUGUGGGCCAUUACCGUGGCUGUGGAGGACAAGCACGUGACGGUUGAGCACGUCCGGCGCGAGCAGUCCCACGACGCGGACCCAGGCGCGGCGUUUGAAUUUGAGUGGCGACUCAAGCUCUCGUUCGAUGCGCACGUCACCCAGCUCUUUCCGGAGCUCAAGAUCACCGACCACUCGUGGGGAGCUGCGACCCGACCGAAUGUCCAGCGCGAAGUCCUUGACGCCAUGUUCCCCUUCCUUGACAUGGACUACUUUGUGCGGCAGGUGUGGAGCCAACCACUGGACAAGGUCCCGCUCCAUCGCGACCUGCUCUACACGCUCCGAUCACUGGCGAUUGUCGAUGCCGACGGCAAGCACUUGUACGCGUACCCGCAGAAAGGCAGCGCGCGAGAUUGCAACGCGGCGGGCGUGCGGUUGGUGGUGGAGGUACUGUCGACUCGGGUGGAGGCAUCGGCAAGCGUCUCUGCUGCAAUUCUCGGGGCGUACGACGCGUGCGUGCCUGCCACUACCAACGAGUCGGAUGUGAGCGAGGAGCUGCGGAAGUGGUUGCGACAGCCAGCGGUGUCUGGUUCGCGGACGCUACGAGUCCUGCGUUGCCUCUCGCAGUCGAUGCUUUUCCCGGCAAUGAUGAAGCUGCGGUCUGCAGUCUUUGCGCGCCAUCCGUAUAAGGACGGUCGCGGUGCACAGGGUUUUGGCGUCCAUAUCCAGUUGCAGGCCAAUGAGAUCGAGAUCUCGCUCCACAAAGGCCAAGAGUCGUUCUCGCUGGAGCCGGGCCACUUCUUUACCUUUCGCUGGGUCCUGCUCCUCACACUCGACGCGAGCUGCACGCAUUUGUCGUCGAACCUCUCCAUCGUCGACUACGCGUUCAACGCCCGGACGCUACCGUCAGUCAAGGCCUCGCUGCGCGAGGUCUGGGCGCCGUUCCUCAUUCCGACCACGCCGCUAUUCCUCAAGGCCGAGGACGCGAUCGCGGUCUCCGCUGCUGUCGUCCACAUGAUCGACGUUGUAGAUGCAGUUAGCAACGCAGUGACCCGGCUCCCACACACGCUCCAUGCCGAUUCCCCGGCACUGCCUGGCUCGUUGCCUGUGGCACAGCUCUUGACGUCACUGCGCGAGACACUUGGCGCGCUCCCGCAUUUGCCGCUAGUGCAUGUGCCGGUGGCAAGUGGCGGUGAUGGCGGGGCCAAUGACAAUGGCGAGGUCAAGGUCCAAGGCAAGUGCAAGGGAAAGGCCAAGCCCGCUAUCAAGGUCAAGCACCGCGGCCUGCACCGCAAGUAGCGUGUGCUUUACGAGGAGCAGCUAUGCCCGCUUUUGGCGCUUGGCACGCCCCGAGCGCGCGGAUUCGCUGGAUGGCUCGCUCGUCGCGUGCGUCGCGUGCGUUGAGCGCGGCGGCGACGGCGAUCUGCGGCGACGACGACGGCUGCGCGCGAGCGGAGACGACUGCUGUGGGGACUGGACGUGCGUUGCGGCCGAAUCGGUGCGCGCAAGCGCGGCGGCAUUGGUAAAUGGAGCGGCGAAGAGAGCA